AUGGGUUUCUCUGGAAAGACUAUCUUUAUUGGUGGUGGCUCGAAAGGGCUGGGCUACGAGCUCGCUGCACUGCUGAUCAACGCACAUGCCACACAUCUAGUCCUUUUUGCGCGGGAUCAGAAACAACUUGAUAUCGCAAGAAUUUCCCUGGAAAAGUUGGCUCAAAAAGACCAGCUGAUUCAAACACGAUCCGUCGACCUAUCGGAUCCAGACCAGAUUGUUAAUGCCUUCCAUCCCUUUCCCGAGCCUGAUUACCUAUUCUGUGUUGUAGGCGGCGCGACCGUCGAGUUAGGCUACCUGAUCGAUAAAGACCCGGAGCAUAUUCGAUCAUGCAUGAAUACCAAUUACUUCACUGCCGUUUUCAUGGCCCAGGCCAUGCUACGAAUCUGGGUCAAUGCAUCGCCGCCUCUCGAAGGACGUUCUGAGGGCAAGCCACGAACCCGACAUAUAGCAUUCACCUGCAGUGUUGCUGCCUUUGUUGGGGUCCCGGGAUAUAUUGCCUAUACAACCACCAAAUGCGCGGUCCGCGGGGUAGCAGACACUCUCCGUCAAGAGGUCCUCCGCUACAAUACUCCUGCGGUGAACUACAAAGUCCACUGCGAUUUUCCGGCGAACUUCGUGACUCCUUCCUUCAUCGAAGGGCAGAAGUACAAGCCCGAGCUUACCAAGCACAUAGAAGGUACGGAUAUACUAAGUCUAAAGCACAGCUUAAUUUCCACAAGACAGCUUGCCGCGAACGGCACUAUAACCAUCUAG